UUCAACGAUUAUGCGGCCGAUGAACGGAAGGUACCUCGACUCGCCGCCGUGGUUGGGAUAGGCCCUCGGAUCAUGUCGAAUCGUCGAUGUUGCUCGGGGGAUGGGCUACGGUGCCAAUCACUCGACUCCCACCCUCUUAUGCUUGCUGAAAUUCGGUACCUAUGAUGAGCCAUGCUUCGACUCCAACCCACAACCAUCUCGGUGACCAUGGCCGAGGUCAAGGACGCCGAGGUCCGUCUCCGAUAUCAGGCUUCACACAGUUCUGGAGAUGGCUUAACUUUCCCUACUCCAGAGACUCACAGCUUUGACCUUCCAUUGAGGCUGACAUCCGAAAUCCUCGCCACUCCCAUAGGCGAAGAGACAAGUUACUUAUCAUCCACCUCGAGCAACGAUGAGGUUCUACCUAGCUCGCCGUUUCAACUAGGAACUCGGUCUCAGGAGGAAGAAAGCUCAAAUUCACAUUGUUUGGCCACCCCACAGCAUGCGUCUAGUCGUCAACCCAACGCAGAGCGUUCGAGUGCCCAUCAGCCACCUACUCCCGGCACGAGAUUGCUUGCCAUGACCCCAAGGAGAUUUCCUCGCAGCUCGGAUACUGGUAGGCCAGCAUUCGGGUCACCCAACACAGCUCCAGCUCCACCAGAAAGAUCAACCUCAAUUGCUACUCCGCACCGCGCAGUCCCGGUUUCUAUUGGCAGGUCUCGAAGGUUGGGUGAUCCCGAACAUGCUGAUGCCACCGAAGGCGAAAGCCAAGUCUCUCUAAGCAGUACUGGCACCAUCCCUGUCAACGCUGUGUUCACUAACAGCACACCGCAAGCCCCUCAGCAUCAGCAAUCUUCUGAUCAAGAGACAAGAGCAACACCUCAUUCACCGAGUGGAGCAGCGGGAACUCGGGACGCGGAACCCACUACCCCGUCAACCGUCGUGAGAGUACCGCGACUUCGGGUCUAUAACGAUUGGCUACCACAGGCUGCGCAACCCGAGACGCCGGAGAACUUGCCUGAGGCUCGACACCAGAGCCGGUUGCAGGGGUCAUACACGGCGCCGGCGAGGAGGGUCUGCCCGCGGCCAGCCCCGACUUCUCCGACGAGAAGAUGACGAAGACGUGGGAGGAGCCCGAGUCCGGGGGGCUUGCGGACCCCGGGGUUUCUCGGGUUGUAUGGUGGAAUUGAGAACACGGAUGAUUCAGCGCUACUCGAGCAGGCCUUGGGGAGAGACAUGGGGUCAACCUAGAG